CUCUUGCUCUGCCCCAAACCCCAUCCCAACCCCCUCUAAAAGAAAAAAUACAAUUUUUUCCUCUGUUUCUUUAAUCCAAUAAAAAAACAGAGAGACCUAAGAAACGAGAUCAAACCCUCCCUUCGUGUUUCUCGAGGAGAAAAGUGGAUUGACCCCUUUAAGACAAUAAAUCUAUUGGCCGGAGAAAUGGUGGAGACUCGUCGAAUCUCUUAAAAAAAUUUUUUUUUUUCUCUUCCGUCUCUGCAAAAUUUUUGUUCUGUUUAUGCUCUGUAAUGGCGUUUUAGUUAGUACCCAGAAGCAGAGAGUGAAGCAAUUUUGAAAGUAAGGUCUUUGUUUUGCUUUCCGUGUGAGAGAUAUGGCGGUUUCAGAGCAGAGUCAAGACGUGUUUCCAUGGCUUAAAUCGUUGCCGGUUGCUCCAGAGUUUCGACCUACUCUAGCAGAGUUCCAAGAUCCGAUCGCUUACAUUUUUAAGAUUGAAGAAGAAGCUUCUAAGUACGGAAUCUGCAAAAUUUUGCCUCCACUGCCUCCUCCUUCCAAGAAAACCUCGAUUUCUAACCUCAACCGUUCUCUGGCGGCUCGAGCGGUGGGGAGGGUUCGUGACGGAGGCUUCGGCGCGUGUGAUUAUGACGGCGGUCCCACAUUCGCCACGCGGCAACAGCAGAUCGGGUUUUGCCCCAGGAAGCAGCGUCCGGUGCAGAGACCCGUGUGGCAGAGUGGUGAGGAGUACUCUUUUGGUGAGUUCGAGUUUAAAGCUAGGAGCUUUGAGAAGAAUUAUCUCAAGAAAUGUGGCAAAAAGAGUCAACUCUCUCCGCUAGAAAUCGAAACCCUUUACUGGAGAGCCUCAGUGGAUAAACCCUUCUCUGUUGAGUAUGCCAAUGACAUGCCUGGCUCGGCUUUUAUCCCUCUGAGUCUGGCAGCUGCGAGGAGGAGAGAGUCUGGUGGUGAUGGAGGAACGGUGGGUGAGACGGCUUGGAACAUGAGGGCAAUGGCUAGAGCCGAAGGAUCAUUGCUUAAGUUCAUGAAGGAAGACAUUCCUGGAGUUACAUCUCCAAUGGUUUAUAUUGCUAUGAUGUUUAGUUGGUUUGCUUGGCAUGUCGAGGAUCAUGACCUUCAUAGUCUUAAUUACUUGCAUAUGGGGGCCAGUAAGACUUGGUAUGGCGUGCCAAAGGAGGCUGCUCCGGCUUUUGAGGAGGUGGUUAGGGUUCAUGGUUAUGGUGGAGAGCUCAAUCCUCUUGUGACAUUUUCUACUCUUGGUGAGAAGACAACUGUGAUGUCUCCAGAAGUAUUUGUUAAAGCUGGAAUACCAUGUUGCAGGUUAGUGCAAAAUCCUGGAGAGUUUGUCGUCACCUUUCCAGGAGCUUAUCAUUCGGGGUUUAGUCAUGGAUUCAAUUUUGGAGAAGCAUCUAAUAUUGCAACUCCCCAGUGGUUGACAAUGGCGAAAGAUGCUGCCAUCCGAAGAGCUGCAAUAAAUUACCCUCCAAUGGUUUCUCAUCUCCAGCUACUUUAUGACUUUGCAUUGGCUCUAGGUUCUAGAGUGCCAACAAGCAUCAACACCAACCCACGGAGUUCUAGAUUGAAAGAUAAGAAAAGAAGCGAAGGAGAAAGAUUGACCAAAAAGCUAUUUGUUGAAAACAUUAUCCGCAACAAUGAAUUGCUCUCUUCUCUUGGAAAAGGAUCCCCAGUGGCCCUUCUCCCACAGAGUUCCUCAGAUAUAUCAGUUUGUUCUGACCUGCGAAUUGGAUCCGAUUUGACAACUAACCAGGACAACCCAAUCCAAUUAAAGUCUGAGGACUUUAGCUCUGAUAGUGUUAUGGUCGGUCUCGAUAACGGUUUAAAGGAUACAGUUUCAGUGAAAGAAAAGUUUACAUCUUUAUGUGAAAGGAACAGAAAUCAUUUGGCAAGCAGGGAGAAUGAAACUCAAGGAACUCUGUCUGAGGCUGAAAGGAGGGAAAAAGGUGGAGCUGUUUGGCUUUCGGAUCAGAGGCUUUUCUCUUGUGUUACAUGCGGAGUCUUAAGUUUUGAUUGUGUAGCUAUUAUUCAACCUAGAGAAGCAGCAGCUAGAUAUAUCAUGUCUGCAGAUAGUAGCUUCUUCAAUGAUAGGAAAGCUGUUUCUGAAUCUGCAAACCUUGGUCAGGCUGCAAGAUCACAUCAUCCACAAAGCAUGGAAAAGCAUGAUGUAGAUUACUUCUCCAAUGUUUCUGUUCAGACUGGCCAUCAAAGAACUUCAACAACUUCCCAAACAAAUGCGCAAAAAGAUAAUGGUUCUCUUGGGCUGUUGGUUUCAGCAUAUGGAGACUCUUCUGAUUCCGAGGAAGAAGAUAACAGAGGCUUAGAUGCCUCUACUUCGGAAGGGGAAAGAAAAAAGUAUGAUCAAGAAAGUGCAUUUAAAGCAUCAUCUUUUGAUACAGAUGACAAUGAGGUGGCUAGAGAUGGUCGGACUUCUGAUUUUAACAGCCAGAGUCUUAUCGGCAAACAAAAUAGUUUAAGCAAAGGCGAUAAUUCAUCACUUCUGGAUAUAACUUUACCAUUUGUUCCAAGAUCUGAUGAAGAUCCCUGUCGAUUACACGUGUUUUGUCUUGAGCAUGCUGCGGAAGUGGAACAGCAACUUCGUGCUAUUGGGGGGAUUCACAUAAUGUUACUAUGCCAUCCAGAGUAUCGAAGGAUAGAGGCUGAAGCAAAAAUAGUUGCCGAGGAGCUUGCCAUCAAUCACGAAUGGAAUGAUACUGAAUUCAGGAAUGUGACCCGAGAGGAUGAGGAAACAAUUCAGGCAGCGUUGGAUAAUGUUGAAGCUAAGGGUGGGAACAGCGAUUGGACCGUAAAGUUGGCUAUUAAUCUUUCUUACAGCGCUAUUCUCAGUCACUCGCCUCUGUACAGUAAGCAGAUGCCUUACAACUCCGUCAUAUACAAUGUGUUCGGUCGUAGCUCUCCGGCAAUAAGCUCACUCUCGAAGCCCGAAGUUUCUGGUAAAAGAUCUUCCAGACAGAGAAAAUAUGUUGUUGGGAAAUGGUGUGGUAAGGUUUGGAUGUCGCAUCAGGUGCAUCCCUUUUUGCUGGAGGACUUAGAGGGGGAAGAAGAAAGAAGUUGCCAUCUCCGAACUGCCAUGGAUGAGGAUGUCACUGGAAAGAGAUUGUUUCCUUGUAAUGUUUCUAGAGAUGCAGCCACAAUGUUUGGAAGAAAGUAUUGUAGGAAGAGAAAGGUAAGAGCAAAGGCUGUGCCACGCAAGAAGCUUACUUCUUUUAAGAGGGAAGAUGGAGUUUCUGAUGACACAUCGGAAGAUCAUUCUUAUAAGCAGCAAUGGAGGGCUUCUGGGAAUGAGGAAGAGUCUUAUUUUGAGACAGGGCACACGGCAUCUGGUGAUUCGUCAAAUCAAAUGUCUGAUCAGCGCAAGGAGAUUGUCAGACAUAAAGGUUAUAAUGUAUUUAAGUCAGAUGACGAGGUUUCAGACCGUUCACUUGGAGAAGAAUAUUCUGUAAGGGAAUGUGCAGUUUCAGAAAGCUCAAUGGAGAAUGGCUUUCAGCCAUAUAGAGAGAAGCAGUCAAUGUAUGAUCGUGAUGAUGAUGAUGAUGAUAUGUACAAGCACCCUAGGGAGAUUCCAAGGAGCAAACGGACUAAAGUUUUUAGGAAUCCAGUCUCAUAUGAUUCAGAAGAAAAUGGUGUUUAUCAGCAAAGGGGAAGAGUAUCCAGAAGUAGUAGGCAAGCUAAUCGAAUGGGUGGUGAGUAUGAUUCAGCAGAGAAUUCUUUCGAGGAGCUAGACUUUUGCAGUACAGGGAAAAGGCAAACAAGGUCCACAGCCAAACGUAAAGCAAAAACCAAGUCAGUUCAGAGUCCGAGAGACGCAAAAGGUCGCACUUUGCAAGAAUUUGCAUCUGGGAUGAAGACUGAAGAAUUGGAUUCAUUCAUGGAGGGACCUAGCACACGGCUUAGGAUGAGAAAUCAAAAGCCGUCAAGAGGGUCUUCAGAAUCAAAACCAAAGAAGAUUGGUAAGAAGAGAAGUAGUAAUGCUUCCUUUGCCAGAGUUGCAAGUGAAGAAGAUGUGCAGGAAGAUGAAGAAGCGGAGAAUGAGGAAGAGGAAUGCACGGGGUACCAAUGUGACAUGGAGGGCUGCACAAUGAGUUUCACUUCAGAAAAACAGUUGGCUUUGCAUAAAAGAAAUAUAUGCCCUGUUAGAGGCUGUGGUAAAAGCUUCUUUUCACACAAGUAUUUGGUUCAACACCAGCGUGUUCACUCAGACGACCGUCCUCUGAAAUGUCCAUGGAAAGGGUGUAAGAUGACGUUCAAGUGGGCUUGGUCUAGAACCGAACACAUAAGGGUGCACACAGGCGCUAGGCCUUAUGUUUGUGCUGAACCGGGUUGUGGUCAGACAUUCCGGUUUGUCUCAGAUUUUAGCCGGCAUAAGAGGAAGACUGGUCAUUCAGUUAAAAAGACGAAGAAAAGGUAACUUAGGCUCUAACAUGGAAUCUACCAUGAAGAGAUAACUCCAUUGAUCUAUUAGAAGAAAAUUGGAUUGUAGGGAUUUUAGGGGUUUUCUAAGUAAGUAUGUCUCUCUGGUUCUUUUGUCUGUUUAGGAUUAUUCAGUCGUAAGUCUUUAACAUUUGGAAGAGCCAUUGUUUGUUGCAGACGUUUCACUUUAAGACAUAUUCUCUCUUUGUUGGUGAACGAAAAAAUAAUGAGUUCAUAUUUUUCUUCUUGGCUUUUGUUAAGUUAAGGAGAUAAUUUUAUGAUGAGACUUUUUAUUUUCUUGA